AUGCCGCUUGGCUGGGGCGGGCUGUUUGGAGUGUUCCAGAAUACUCGAGCAUCGAAUUUGAAGAACAUGAGCAAGGACGACUUCCCACUGACGCGGUCCUUGGGUUUCUCCCUCGACUCGAAGGCGGGCAAGAAGCUGGAGGACGCGAUGUUCAGCCAGGGCUACUUGGAGCAGUACCACGAGGUGAUGAGGGCGAGCCGCGAGUCCUUCGAGAGUUUCGAACGCGACAAAGAGAGGCGGCGCAGAAGGGGCAAAAGCGCUCCGGACCCGGACAGGGAGGGUAUAGUGGAACGGCGUAGAGGCGCUGGCCGCCUGCAUUCUGAAUUUGGCCGACGGCGGGCCCGAUCACAAGCCCUCCGCAGGGACAAACUCAACAGUCAGAGUUUAAAGAGUCACCUGGAACACUCCAAACAGCCCGCCCCAGCCAAGCGGCAUACCUCCAAAGCUUCA